GAUUCGGCCGCUCCUGCGGCUCCCGGUGGCGCCGGGCUGAGGCGGAGCCGGGGUCCGCCGUGGCUCCGGUCUGCGAGUGGGACGUGGGGGAGGGAAAGGGCGAGGAGGAGCUGGCCUUGAGCGUUAGUGCAGCCUGCCCUGCCUUCCCUUGGUGCCGUCGGAUAAGUGAUAACGUUUCGUCUGCGGGAGAUAAACAGAGGGUUUGGGAUGCUGGUGGUCUCAGCUGAGCCAGAAGUUCCUGGGGAGUGUUGUUUUAUCUGGGUAUGUUCUCUCUCUGCCCGUCUUUAUCCUCCCUGCAGCCGUACCGGUGUAGAUCUUGUAGGAAGAGAAGGGUGGUGCCUGAGUGUGACCUUACCUGGAGAAGGGCAGGGAGGCAGAUCUGAUUGGUUGCCUGGCACUUCGUCAGUGGCAAGCAGGACAAUGGCUGCCAGCAAGAGCAAGAACCAGAGUUCCUUGGCCCUCCAUAAAGUAAUUAUGGUUGGCAGUGGAGGUGUGGGUAAAUCUGCCCUCACACUUCAGUUUAUGUAUGAUGAGUUUGUAGAAGACUAUGAACCUACCAAGGCUGACAGCUACAGAAAGAAAGUAGUUCUGGAUGGUGAAGAAGUUCAGAUAGACAUUCUGGACACAGCAGGACAGGAGGAUUAUGCAGCUAUCAGAGAUAACUAUUUCCGCAGUGGGGAAGGGUUUCUUCUUGUCUUUUCAAUAACAGAGCACGAGUCCUUCACAGCAACAGCAGAGUUUCGGGAACAGAUCCUGCGUGUGAAGGCUGAAGAGGAUAAAAUCCCUUUGCUGGUAGUGGGAAACAAAUCUGACCUGGAGGAGCGCAGACAAGUGCCUGUAGAAGAGGCUCGAAGUAAGGCAGAAGAAUGGGGGGUGCAGUAUGUAGAAACCUCUGCCAAAACUCGAGCUAAUGUAGAUAAGGUAUUCUUUGAUUUAAUGAGAGAAAUAAGAGCAAAGAAAAUGUCAGAAAACAAAGACAAGAAUGGCAAGAAAAGUGGCAAGAACAAGAAAAGCUUUAAAGAAAGAUGUUGCUUACUGUGAUGCUUUGGAACUGUAAAUAUCCAUCUACAGGUGGCACGGAUAAAAUACCACUAAGGAUAUAGGGCUGGAUUCAUGAAAGGAAGUCUGUAUUGACUCCCUUAUCUUUUGCUUUGCAUAUCACACCUUCAAAAUGUGAAAACAACUUUGCAACCAUUUCCAGUAUCCAACAAAACCUUUGCCUCCUUAAACUGAAAUGGGCUCCAUCUUCCAACUCUCCAAACCAGAAAUAGUUUCAGAACUACAAUCCUUCUGCUUGGUUACGCAAUGUACUUUUGUAUUAACUUCCUUCUAAUGUUUCCGUGUGUUUCUCUUGAACCUCUAUUGGCCUUAAUCAGCACAGCUGUUCAGGUUCAAACACUUUUUCCUGCUGUUGCUGCCCUCCUUGAUGGUGCAAACUGCAGAAAGGCUAGAUGACACCUAGUAAAGGGUUUGAGUCUCCAUCUUCUCUUAGUUGUCACUGAUAUUUCUUACACUGAAAGCUGCUGACUUCCUCCCCACGCUCCAUGUAAGAAAUAGCAACUGACAGUUGAGAGUCAACUCAAAACAAACUUUCUUCUGCGUUCUGUUUAGUCAAUACAGCAUUCAUGAAUCAAGCCUAUGGACUCAAUUCAGACUUAUUUAGGAAAUGCAAAAAUUGAUAUUUAAAUACAGGCUAGAUGCAUUCCCUGCUGGGAUCUGUCUUCUCAUCCUUAAAUUAGUGGUAUGGGGUGAGAAAAUGACUGUAAGCCUUUCUUCAAAAGGAAUAGUAUUAUCACCAUCUCCCUGAAAUGCUGUCCUGGGUUUCUUCCAUGUAUUGUCUUGACUCAAUUACACUCUACAUCUGUCAUCCUUCCCUUCCCUUGUACUGGAAUAGUGGAAAUAGGUGUUGAUUUAAUCAGUUAUGUUUAUAUUGGAACACUUGUGAUGAUAAUGUUGGAAAGUGAAAACAUCUGCAUCUGUCUCCUGUCUUGCUGUAGAUGAAAAUGCUGAAUAAGGGUGGGUUCCACCACACAAUCAUGACCUGGAAUAGGUGAGGCAUAUAUGUUACCUCUCAAUGAUUAGCUGGCUAGUGAGCUGUAUGGUGUCAAAAAGCAAAUGAAGUUAAGCAGUUGCCACAUCUAUUACUCACUGUUAAUUUUAUAUGUACUGUUUCUGAUGCACAGCAACCUAGCACAUGAUGAGUUUUCCUGUCAGUUAUGCAGUGGUGGUCGUGCCUGUUCAACAAAAACAGUCUAGAAGUGGAAAAGUCAGUACUUAGCAGGUUCUGUUGUCAGCUGAAUGAAAUGAACUUUCUGAUGCAGUUUAAAUGAAGUGCAGUUGCCAAAAAUCACUUCUGUCACUGUGGAAAAGAACUCUCUUCUGGUUGUGGAGUUUCUCAAUGAAUUGUGGCUAUCUUCUGCCUCCAUGGAGUAGAGAAACUUGAAAAGUAACUGUAUCUUGCUGGUAACUGGAUGCUUAAAACACAGUUGCUUGGUGAAAGGUUGUUCAAUGAAGCUCACUGCAGCACUAAACUAACUAAUGGUGUUUCUUCCUGAGAUGGAGUAGGGAAUACUGUUCAGUACUUAGUGUUGUAAUUUGAGGUUGAAAAGUAUUUUUCCACGUGUACUAGAUUGCUUUUGUGCAUUCUGUCUCUGAACAUUGAAAAAAGUAAGAUGUGACCUAUAUCGGAACCUCUGUUGACCUGAGGUUUCACAGGGACUUGUCACAAACUCAUGGUCUUCCAUAACUAGUUCAUCUUGUCAGGCAACUCAUUGGAUUGGGGAAACUGUACUAAAUAAAAGGUGCUGUAAUCUUCAUUCUUGUCAAAUUAAAUUCCUUCUUUGUUAUUCUUAUCUUGUAUGGGCAGAAAGAAAGUUUAACCAGCUCUGGAAAUGCUUCUCUGUGAACAGUAUAAUUAAUUGUGAAGUUGGCUUUGUAAUGCCCGAUAGUGUUUUGAAGCAGAAGCUGGAAGCCCGCUGGCUUACGGAACUUGUCACUUGAGCUGUGUCACCUGUGUCUAAAGCCUAAGCACUGAAUAGGACACUAGGAGCUGUAACACAUCUAACAAAGUUUCCUAUCGAACUUCCAUGGAUAAAAGUCCAUUUCUGACUGUAUAUUGUGCAUACAGCAAAUUAAUAUCCUCUUCUGGAGGAAGGCAACUCAGUUAGGUUUGGUUUUAGUUGAGACUUAAAGGUUAAGUCCUUAAUUAACCUAAAGGAUAAACAACAGUUCAGUUCACAUUACAAGAUUAUCUAGGUCAAGCCCCUCCGAGGCAGGUUGUAAAAUGUGUAUAACAAAAUUGAAUAAACUGUCCUUGCUGUGUGAAUAAUGAAUUCAGCAAAGCUCACAAUGACCAGCUCAGCUAUGUUGGCUCAAGAGACUUGCAUGCCUUGACCUUUGAUCUCUACAAUCUUAAAGUACCUGACAGUAUUUGAUGGGACAGAUGAAUUUCUUCUCAGAACAGCGAGUCUCUCACUGGUGUUCUUACAGUCCAUGUGCUGUUUUCACUCAGGUUAUUUUUUUUCUCCAACUGAUAAAGCUGUGCCACUGAGGUGGACUUACUUGGAAGAAGGUGCUUGCUGUUUCAUGGCUUCAUGCUGCAUCUCUUCAGUGUUCUGUUCUUGUCACCUGCUCCAGAAAGACUAGGCCUGGAGACUAAAUAAAGCAGCUUUUCAGUUUUCGUCUUCUGUACUUGUGACAGACUCAGUUUAACUUGCCAGUUACAGCUGAAAACACAAUAAACAAAUCAGCUACCUUGCCUACUUUGGAACAGUGGGCAGCAAGCUUUCUGACUUAUACCAGAAAGGCAGUAAAACUGGUCCCCUGGACUGAAAUCUUGCUGUCUCCACCUCAUGGUGGAAGUACCUGAACAUAUGCCCUUCUGAAUAGGGGCAAUAUGAUUUGGGGGUUCUUGAAUGGCUUCCAGGUGUGCUUCACUGGACGUCAAUGGAUAUCACCAUCAGGUGGGUUGAGUGGAGUGAAUAUAACAUGGCACAGCAUCCUGUGAGCAGUGUGAAUGGAGCUUUGAGUAACUGGGGGUCAGGAACGUCAAAUAAGGGAUGACUUUGGCAGCAGGGGCUUGGUGGCUGCCUGCUGGCCCUGCUGUGUAGCUGAGGAGACUGAAGGCUGAAUUGAAGCUGAUGUAUUCUAUCAGCCUUUGCAUGUUGGGUAAUUAAAAACCACGGCUUCUCUUUGCUGCUAUAAUGUGCUCUUAAAUCAUUCUGGAGCAUGGCUGUAGGCAGGUAACUGGAUAUUUGCAGCUGGAGGUCAUGCAAGACUUGACUAUGCACUUGCACUUAAGCAUUCAAGUAUUAUUCUUGCGCAAUGGCUCAACAUGAAGUCAGGGAACUGUUUACUGCUACGUGCAAUCUUCCAUAUGUGGCUUAGCUUCAACUGCUCCACUUUUCCUUCUGGUUUGAGCAGAGCAAACAAGCCCCUGUUAUAACAAGGGCUAAGUCAUUAUAUGAAAAAAAAGCAGGACUCCAGGACUGCAAAGGCAGACUUGACUCUUGUAGAGGAGCAUGUCUCCAGGUAAGAGUACAGAUGCAGCAUGAAGUGUGUUUUCAAUGACUUGUGCCAUACGUGUUCUUACACAGACUGAUAUACCUCUACUGCACUUUCUAGGGGAACACUUGGCUUGAUGAGGAGAAAGAUAUAUGCAUACAUUUACUGGGCAUUAAAAUUCAGUAAGAUCUUGAUAACCAUCUGAAGUUCCAGUUGAGUCCUAUCUGGCUUAAGUAUAAUGCUCAAGAAUACUUCAGGUCCAAGGUACAAAACUACAAUCUGGAAUGCAGUAAGAGGUAUGUAGGGGGGAUAUGCAUCUAACUCAAUUCUCACCCAGAUCUUUUUUUAAAGCUUUUCAAAGCAUUAACCCAGUUCUUAGGCCUGACAGGUCUAUCAAUUCUUGCUCAAAAAGAGGAUACUGUUAUCAGUUCAGCUCAGAGCUUAUGUAGACAGAAGCUUUCCUUAAUUGCUAUAAGCAUAUGUUGCAGUGUUCACCUCCUGUUGACUUUAUAGUUGGGAGAAGGAGGGAAGAGGAACAAAUAAAAAAGCUAUGACUUUCACUGUAAUCUCCACACUUCAUGGAAAUGGCAGGUGUUCCUCUUGGGAGGGGAAGGUGUUAUCUCUAACACCAAGUGAGAAGUUUAGUGUAGAGGAAGUGAUUGUGAUUGCAAGACUUAAUGAAACUGCCUCUAAACUAUGUAUGCUAUACUAUACAAUGUAAAUUCUUUUUUUCCUUACGUAGCUUCAGAGCUUUGUCUCUAACUUGCACAAACAUUUUUAAUGUCUGUAAAACUGGUCACUUCUCAUUAUCAUGCUAAUACAACUGAUUUGUAUUACUAUUGAUAAUAAAAAGAAAAAAUGAGCUUCAUA